AUGCCGCUAAGGCUAGGAUCCCAACAGCAAGGUAUGAAUUGCCAACAGAUUCCUUUAGAUAAGAAACCAAUGGUAUCAACACCAGAAUCCACCAGGAAGUUCUUAGCAGGGCCAGCACUGACUAGUGUCAAAUUUUCAAAUUUGAUUCCGGAAUCACAACAAUGUAUGAAAUCUACAGAAUUUACAUCAGAGCCGAAGUGGCAAAGUGUAAAACAUGUGACAUUGUCAUCAGUGUCUCUGCCACAAGCUGGAAACUCUGUGUGGUUAUCACCAAGGCCAUUCCCUCAAAAUGUGACAUCUGGGAACCAAAUUCCCCAAACAAGUAAUCAAAUCACAGAAUCCCCUAAAGUGAUAUAUAGACCAGGGCACCAGAUGGUGGAGUAUACAGAGAUAAGCAGGAAGAUAAGGCACCAAGUCCCUAAAUUGGUGAAUCAUCAAGAUAUGGGAUCUUCAGAAAUGACAAAAGGGCUGGGACAUAAAAGCACAGAAACUAUAAAGAAAUCUAUGAGGUUGACCCCCAAACCAACAGAUAAAGUAAUAGACUCAUUAGGGGUGCCUCAGCAGCUAGAUCUUCCAGUACCAGCAUUUGUUGAUGUGACUCCAACACCAAGUGAUCAAGAUUCAAACUCCUCAGAACUGACCCCACCGAAAAGCUACCCAAUCCCAGAAACUCUGGAGUUGCUUUCUUGUUCAUUGCCUCAAUUUAAAGACUUCAAGGAGUUACAGACAAAACAAGUCACAGGUUCUGAUAGAAUGACCCUCGAGUUCAAGAAUCGUGUUGCUGAAAUAAUGAAGCAAAUUUGUGAGGCAAGACAAGGGAAAGAAUUUCUUAGAGUGACUUCAAAGCCAGUAAAUAGAGAGACAGAAUGUGCAGAAAAAUUUCCAAGGCCAUGUCCUCAAGACUUAGGACCUGUGGUGGUGAGCUCUGAAAAAAGAUCCCAAAGGGAACAAUCUGUAGUGUGUCCACCAAGGCCGUCAGGGGAGGAAGCAGGCAGAAUACCAAAGCCCCAGUAUGCAAACAUGGAAAAUGCAAGCAUAACGCCAAUAGAAUCACUGGAAAAAAUUAUGAACUUUGUAACGAUCAGUCCAAAGUCAGAUCAAGUGACAGAAUCUGCAAAGACACAUCUUCAUGGUCCUCUAUCAGAGGCUCUCCCCAAAGUUUCUGAAUCUGUGACAGUGAUCCCUGGACCACCACUUCAAGUUAUAAAGUCUGUGAUGAUACCGGAGCCUACCUCUCUAGUGUCAAAAUGUGCUGAUUCGACUCCCAAACUGCAUGAUGUGAUAUUUUCAGAAUUUUCUCCAAGACUUUGGUUACAAAAUGUGGAAUCUAAGAAACUAAUUGCAGAGCCAACACAUCAAAUUUUAGAAACAAUAGACUCGUUAGGCUUUCAAGUUAUAAAGACUAUAUUGGUCCCCAAACCACUGCUUCUGAUUGUAAAAUCUGAAGAACUGGCACCAGGACCAAGUCCUCAGGCUAUAGAAACAAUAGGAGUUGCCACAAGAUCAAACAUUAAAGUAAAAGAUUGUUUGAGCUUGUUCCCAAGACCACAUCUCCAAGACAUGGUAAAACCUAUGGAACUAACUCCAAGGGCAAAUAUUCAAGGGAAUUCUGCAGAAUUAAUCUUACAGCAAACAUCUUCACUUGAGGAACCUCCAGUAUUAACUCAAAAGCAAAGGCUUCAGGCUGAAAAAUUUCUAGGGUUCAAAACAGAAUCUCCAAAAGAUAUGGAUAUUGAGGAUUUGACUCAAGGACGUGUGUUGCAGAAUAGAGACCCAGAAAUGAUAACAUCAGAAAAAUUGCAAGCAGAAAAUUACUUCUCCAGGCUUAUACACAGCCCUUCAAUCCCAUUCAUUUCAAGCUCUGUCAAAACAACGGAAUUAGCAUCCCUUCAGGGUUCUGGGAUGCCAGAAGUAUCGAGAGCCUUGGCUAUGAAGAACUUUGGUGUUGGCAUUUUGCAGUCUCCAGAGUCCUAUACAGACACUAUUAUGAUACGAUCAUCAGCUCUUCCUUUGGUCCUUCCCCAUGAUAAGACAGGGAACACUGUAAGGACCCUAUAUCCUAAGAUCUGGGAAAUGGAUGUCAUAUCUAAGGAAGGAGUUGAAAAGAAGCAAAUGGGGGAAUUUGGGGAUUCACUCCAGAGCUACUCUCCAUAUCCACUGAGAUUAUUACCCUCGGAGUUUCAGGCAGGAUUCGGAGCUCGAAGAAACCCUAUCCGUUCUUUCCUGGGCAGACAACAGAAUGUCUGGGAAAGUCAUGUCUGUAGACAGCGACUGCCUAGAAAAUAUCUCUCCAAUAUGCUAAUGCUGGGGAAUGUUCUGGGGACCACUAUGGAAAGGAAGCUUUGUUCUCCACAGUUUUUAACAGAAGGAACCACUAUGGAUAUUGGCCUAACUAUUCAGAAUUUAUUUGGGGUUCCAGCUGAACUGAUGGAAUUUUCCCAAAGCCUAGUAGAGAGGGGUCCAAGGACAAUUUCUCAGACUUCAGUGUUCAAAAACUAUAUUCAGAGACAUAUUUUAUGCCAUGGUAAUGAGAAAAGAAUGCCCUUAAAGAUGUGGACACGUGGAUCCACAUCUUCCAUAAUACAGCAAUACUCUGGUACUAGACUGGGAAUAAAGAAAACAAACUCAAAACUCAGUGACAUAUUUCAGGAAGUCACUCAGCAAGUGUCUGCCUCAUGUCCAGGAGCCCAGUUUCCUGCCUUAUCGAAGUCAGAGUCUCCUCUCGGGAUACUUUACAAAAGGGAAGAUCCUGUUUCCAGGGAGCAGAGUAAAAACUCACAGAUCGGUUCACCGACAAGGACUUUUGAGUCUCACCACUCCCUUAAGGCAAAUUAUCUUUCUCAGGCCAAGACGGGUAUCUCAGAACAGCUCCACCUGCUAAAAGAUCUACAGCUAAAAAUAGCAGCAAAACUCUUAAGGAGUCAAAUACCCCACAAUGUCCCUCCACCUCUAGCGUCAGGUCUUGUCCUGAAAUAUCCAAUCUGCUUGCAGUGUGGCCGGUGUUCAGGAUUUAAUUGCUGUCAUAAGUUACAGUCGGCUUUUGGGCCCUAUCUUCUCAUCUACCCACAGAUCCACCUUUUGAGCACCCCUGAAGGCCACGGUGAGAUUCGAUUGCAUCUUGGUUUUAGAUUGCGAACUGGGAAAAGACCUCAAGUCUCAAAGUAUCGUGGAAGAAACAGAGCAGAUACGUGGAAGAGUACUGCACCACCAUCACGAAGGAAAGCUAAAGUCUAUACUCCAGCUUCCAAGAGUCCAACUUCUACAAGAGAUUUCCAGUCCAGAUCUCCUCAGUCCCCGACUUCUGUACAGGUUCACGUUAGACAAAAACAAUGGGGCAGCCGUGGUGUGGUAGGAAAGACAGAAGCCAAAGACUCGGGAUACUACGAAUUCUGUCAGGUCCACUCCUUAUCAGAGAGUGGUUUUGAAAGUAACCAAGACGAAAAGUGGGUUACAUCAAGCCUCAGAAAGACCUCUGACUUAAAAUAUCCAGUGAAGAAAAUCACCCAGGGACUUAAAACACAAAACAGAAAGCUCUUCAAAACCAGUAGAACCUUAGAAGAGAGUCCUUCAGGAACACUGACUGAUCCAUCAAGAAGCAAGAGUAUUGAAACUUCUCCAACAAGCACUACUUCUUCCAAGAGACCAUCUAAGAAAUCCUCCCAGCCCAAGUUCAUCCAGCUGCUUUUUCAGGGCCUAAGGCAGGCAUUCCAAACAGCACAUAGAAUGUUGGCUAUUACUGGACGGAAGUCUGAGGACAGGACAAGAUCAGACCAUUUGUGGUCAAGCAAAAACCUGCACUCCAAACAAAAAGCCAAGGAUUAUUGCUUAACAGAAGAUGAUAAAGGAGCCAGCACACCAGUUGUCAAGCCAAGGUCAACAGGUUCGACCCCUAAGCAAGAGGACAGAUUGCAGGAAACUCAUGACCAAUGUAGACAAGCUCAACGGCCCAAACAAGCAAGCUCUUCCCAUCCCAAACCUUCGCAAUUGCAGAAGACCAUGGUUUCUGAAAGAGAUGCCAUUGUCCAAGCUUCUUCAAUCACAGAAUCUUUAAGAAUACUUGAAAAUGUCAACGGCAAAACAAAGAACUAUAGUGCUGAAAUCUGUGGUCUGGAGUCUAAUGUAGGGACCAAAUUUCUGGCUGAGGAGAGUGUUGCACCUGACUCCCUUUUGACGAGUACCCUGCAGAGUCAAUUUAAAGACACACACUCAAAGAAGAAAGAACAAUAUGGCUUCUUCCGGGAGAGGGCCCUACCUAGUAAGCCUUCUGAAAGGACCUAUCACAGCCUCUCAGAGAAAACUCAUCAUCGAAGUGUCUCUGAGAGAAGACAUUGCAGUCCUUCUCAGAAAAAGCACAGCAGUCCCUCUGACAGGACCCUUAGAAGUCUCUCUGAGAGGAGUCAUCGCAGUCCCUCCCAGAGGAAGGAUCGUAGUCCCUUUGUAAGAACCCCUCAAAGUUUCUCGGACAGGAGCCAUCACAAUUUCUUUAAGAGGAAAGGUCGAAGUCCCUUAGGGAGGAGCCGAAGCCCCUCAGGGAGGAGCCGAUCUAAUCUUCCUGGGAGAAGGCCAGCGAGGAGCUCUCGAAGUCCUCGGGAGAGAAGAGUUCACACUCCCUCCCCAAAGGGUAGACUCAGUCUUUCUGGGAGGAGCCAACACAGGCCCUCCUCUCAGAGAGGCCGCAGUCCCUCAAAGAGGAGCCAGCUCAGUCCCAUCCAGAGGACUCGGGGCAGUCCUUCAGAAAGGAGCCAUGGCAGUCUCUCUGAGCGAAGCCCUUCCAGUCCCUUUCCCUCCCGCCCCGACGCCUCCCUCGUCCCUGCUCGCCGUGGGGGCGGGAUCUCAAAAGAAGCCGCAGCCGAAGCUGCGUGGUCACGUGACGCUUUCCCCGCCGCAGCCCCCUCGGAAGCUGCUAGGCGGAAGUAG